AUGGCCGCCACUCUCAACAAUCCGCUGCGAAAGCGCGCCGAGUGCGGGCCCGGAAUUGGGUCCUGCGCUCCGGGUGAGUGUUGUAGUGACGCCGGCUGGUGUGGAACGACGGGAGAAUAUUGCGGCGGCUCGCAAUGCCAGCUCGAAUACAGCGACUCUUGCGAUACCUUCUUCCCGCCUCCCGGCGCCAGCACGGAGAGCAUCUCCCGUACCCUUGUGGGAUCCGUGCCUUAUGGCUCAAUCAUCACCACUUGCGCCAACCCAGGGUCCUUGGCAUUGACCUUUGAUGAUGGCCCUUACAUCUACACAUCCCAACUCCUUGAUCUCCUCGAGGCCCAGAACGUCACCGCCACCUUCUUCGUCGCAGGCAACAACAUCGGCAAGAAGCGCAUAGACGACGCCACUACACCAUGGCCCGCCAUCUUGCGUCGGAUGUAUGGCCUCGGCCAUCAGAUUGCCAGCCAUACCUGGACCCACCGCAACUUGAACGAGGUCAACAGCACCAUCCAGAGAACGGAAAUCAUCUACAAUGAGAUGGCGUUCCGAAACCUCUUCGGCUGGAUUCCAACCUAUAUGCGCCCCCCAUUCCUGGAGUGCAACGCUGGCUCGGGCUGUCAAAAUUUGAUGAGAACUCUGGGGUAUCAUAUCAUCAAUGUCAACGUGGAUACCAAGGACUACGAGAACGAUUCUCCGACCUUGAUCCAGGUUAGCAAGGACCGCUUCUCCAAUGGGGUCUCGACAAACGCGGCCGCUAAUAGCUACAUCGAGCUGUCCCAUGAUGUCCACUAUCAAACUGUGGUCAACCUGACCCAGUUUAUGAUUGACACUGCAAAGGAGCGUGGCUACCGUCUGGUGACCGUGGGCGAGUGCCUCAAUGAUCCCAAGGAGAACUGGUACCGCACAGCUGGUGGCGCACUUAGCACCGGAAGCACAGCCUCGACCACGGCGUCUCGCGCCGCUGCGUCCUCUACCCUGAUCGUGUCUUCUCGAGCGUCAACAUCCUCCGCUCCUGCGGCUACGGGCAAUGUUUCACCGGACCAAACCUGCGGUGGCACCACUGGUUACACAUGCUUGAACUCUGCGUUCGGAAACUGCUGCUCUUAUUAUGGAUUCUGUGGCUCCAGCCUGUCAUACUGCGGAACCGGCUGCCAAUCGGGCUUCGGAUCCUGCUCACCUCCAUCUUCCGGCGAGAGCGAUACGACCAAUGGUCUCUGCGGCAGCGAAUUCAAUGCCACGUGCAAGAACAACGGUGACAAGACCUGCUGUUCGCAAUAUGGCUUCUGCAUGGUCGAUCCUCGGGGCACCCUCGUCGGCUCCCAGGGUCUCUACUGA